AAAUGAACGUAGUGAUACUGUGAGGUUAGGAAGUCAAAACAUUCGAUGACAUUGACCGGGGAGCAAUUUGUGCUGAUAUCGAUGACGUUUCGAUAUAGCCACUAUCUAAUGAUGGUAAAAUGAAUAAGAUAAGUAAAUAGUCAAUCGAAAACUAUAGUAACGCUGUUAAGAUGUAAUAGUUACAGAUCAGAAGAGAUCUAGAAAGGAAUCAGUGCUCUGAUUAAUCAAUUUUAUGACUGAGCAUGGUAUAUAAUCUGAAGAGGAGGAAAGUGAAUACUCGUGCGUGCAUGUGCUCCAAAAGAGGCGACAUUAAAUAUCUACAUUCAAUGACUUGACAAUGUAUAUAAUUAGCGUAAUCGAAUAGUCAAUGUGAACACGUUGUUGGAAAUAAUUAUCAGCAGUCGAUUCAGAAUGUCUUUCAAAACGCGUGUGUCACGCUGUUGUCCGGUUAGAUUUGUUGGGAGAAUCAUCUCGAAAUGCUGGGCAUCCUGCGGAGCCUUUGCAUUCAUUUGUUUUAUAUUGUAUUGGCUGUAUGGCGGCAUCUUCUUGUUCUUCCUGCUAUGCUUUGCCACAACAGGUGUAUUGUACCGGAUGGAAGACCUGUUACUUUAUCAUCCCGAGUUACCAUCCCAUUCACGCGUUUAUGUUCCUGCACCAUCUAUGUUCAACUUGCCUUAUCAGAGUGUUUACACCAGAACUGUAGAUGGAACGAUGUUACACAUGUUCUUCAUAUCACAGCCAGAUGACAAAGCGAAGGAUGUACCCACGGUGCUCUUUCUUCACGGUAAUGCUGGAAACAUGGGCCACAGGCUUCAGAAUGUUUCUGGACUGUACCACAACAUACAGUGCAACGUCCUAAUGUUGGAAUAUAGAGGAUAUGGUCUUUCACAAGGCACUCCGUCCGAAGAAGGUCUAUACAUGGAUGCUAGAGCUGGCUUAGACUAUUUAAGCUCACGGAAUGACAUCAAUCAUAACGAAAUUAUAGUCUUUGGCAGAUCCUUAGGAGGAGCAGUGGCCAUUGACCUGGCUACAAGACCGGAGAAUUCUCACAGAAUUUGGUGCCUUAUUCUGGAAAACACGUUUACUAGCAUUCCAGACAUGGCAGCCCUCUUAACCAGUUCGAAGUUGUUGCAGUACGUUCCACUUCUUCUGUACAAGAACAAGUACAUGUCAUUGCUGAAGAUAUCUUCGGUGAGUGUGCCAACGCUGUUCGUGUCUGGCCUAGGAGAUGCGUUGGUGCCGCCACGCAUGAUGACGGAGCUCUAUAAACGCUGCAACAGUUCUUGCAAGAGGAUGCUCCCCAUCCCGGGGGGCACGCACAACGAGACCUGGAACCAGUCCGGGUAUUACAAAUCCAUCUGCGACUUCCUCGCAGAACUGAGGCAGAGUCCGCCCUUGCGAGUGCCGCCUAGUCAUUGGCAAAUAAACGAGAUCUAAACGGCUCCGGAAACUCUGAAUUUACGUCCAAAGACCAGUGCGUCGCGCCAGGAGCACGCUAAGGAACUCUAUCGACUUGAUACAUUUCGCAUUACGCAUUAUGAAGUACCUGGUGCAGUGGUAAUAAGAUUCCCCGACUGCAUCCAGGUGUUUCGACCAAAUAGGUAUCGGCACCUAUCCACUGUUACUCCGCAACGUGACGUCGCCAUUUAGCACAAUGUACAUAGCGAUUCUGUGAUGCUAACCGAUCAACGUUGAUUUAGGAAUUUGUAAUAAAUAUCUAGGCCAUUUAGGGAAAAAAAAAGUCAUCCUUCGGAUUAAUGCGACCAGCGACUCGUUGCCUCAACUCUGAAACAAGUUUUGAUAUUUUCUUAUCGGAGGGAAACAGGAACCUUGUCGAACCUGACCAGUGAAUUCCCUCCCAGGGAUCGAGAUUUUCCACUUCGUACCUAAGCAACAAUCGCGAGGCUUUAACGUGACGAUUUUUAUGACGACGAAAUGUUAAGUCAAGUACUAGAACUUAAGAAAAUAAAGAGGGAAGGUGUUUGUUCCUA